AUGUACAAAUGGUUCGAGGACCAGCAGAAGUUAUGUACACAAGUCAAUCUAACAGAUAAUGAAAAUCAGAAAUCUGGUGACCAAUCAAGAAGACGGAAUACUUCCAGCAGCAAAAGGCCAAACUGGCACCAUUCAAAAGACAGAAGGCAAGGGAAUAGUCAAGUGUUUAAUCCCAGUGAAAGCCACUUCAGCUCCACACAGCAGUCUUCUGGAAGGCCUGAAACCAGCGGUGAUACUCAGCGUGGCAGACAGCCAAGGAAAUUUGGAAGUCGCUCCCAUCCAGCAAGUGGUCAGAAAGAAACAUCUGAAGCAGGUGCUCAGGGAAAGCCAAGAGGACAGAGAGAUGGACACCCACAUAAAGGGAGGCCCCCAAAUCAAACACAAAAUACGUCGGAGAACGCCUCAGCGAAGAGUGGGUUUGAGCGUCGUAACCAGUCUGAGCCUCGCUGGAGAAAACCCAAGUUCAGCGGAAGUCAGUCGGACUUGCUGGAUUGUUCAGUAGAAGGCAGUGUGGCGCAUGAUACACAGAGACAGCAGAAACCACAAGAACGGAGAGAUGGGCAGCGAAGGAAGCACCCGCAACAUGUGCAAAAUAGGUCUGAGAGCGUUGUGGAAAAGAGUAGGUUUGAGCAGCGUGACCCAUCUGAGCAUCGUAGAAGAAAUCCCCGGUUCUAUGGAAGUCAGCCUAACCUGCUUGACUCCUUCAGGGAAAUCACGUUGGAAAAUGAUAACCAGCACCAGCAGAAAUCACGAGGUAGAUCCCUACACUCUCGAGGAAUGGGCAGAGCAAACCGGCCUACUACCCAUGAAAGUCAUUCACAGCAGAAUUACAAGCAACCUAGGCGACAAAACAUGGCACAAUGCACAUCCAUGUCUGACCAUAGACCCAACCAACAGCCCCAGGCUACUGGUCCUUCAGCAGCCAGACCCAGCAAACCUGCUGAACGCAGGCAGUGGAGUAUAGACAGCCGAGAGCUCCAACGGUUAGCUGGAAUGGAACCAGCAAAUGUUAUAAUGAGACUGGCCUCUCCGAGGAGUGGGCUCCAAGAUUUCCUAAACCAGGCUAAUCCUGACAAAAACCUCAUUUUGUCCUUUCUGAAAGUUCUCAAUUCAACAUUCGAAUGCCAGUCCAACCGAAGUAGUUUACAUUAUCUCCUACAACUGAUCAAGGAUUCCAUGUUUCUGAAAAUUAUCCUUCCUGGAUUUGUUGUCAGUGUUCAGACAGAAACUUUGCCAGAAGCACUUCUGGAAAACUCUGUUCACCUUGAUCCGAUAGUAAACUUGCUCCAUAAGCUGAUUACCGUCUAUCCUAUGAGCGCCUUUUUGGAAGUGUCUCUUUUAGUCUCAUUGGUGCAGGCGACGUCAAAGUACCUGCAGUCUAUUGGCUUCCCUGGCUCAACCAAAACCAGGAUAAACUUAGACAAUCUGCAGGCAAUGAUUGCAGAACUGCAGGAGAAGAAGCGAGUUGGGAAUUUGAAAUCCGAUACCUACACCUACUUCAAAGGGCCUGAAGUGGAAAACUUUAGGCGCAUUUCAGUAUACCCGACCUAUGAAGACAUCCAUUUACACAACAAACCUUAUGUGAGACCCAACAUCGUCACUGGAAAAUAUCCAGAUACCGCCACAUACCUUGAUAUACACUUCCGCUUACUCCGUGAAGACUUUGUUCGCCCGUUGAGAGAUGGGAUUUCCAAGUUGUUGUCCUGUGACCAGAAGGAACUCCGAAAGGACAAAAUAGAUGAUAUAAGAAUUUACUUUGAUGCACAUAUACUUGGUCCACUGUGCACUCGUAGUGGUGUCUUCUUCCAGGUUAAGUUUGAUAUAAAACCGCUGAAGUUCAUUCGUUGGGAGAGCUCUAAGCGACUGUUGUUUGGAUCUUUUCUUUGCCUAUCCAAAGAUAAAUUUGAAACAAUGCUCUGUGCAACAGUGGCAGACAGGGACCUCAAAGAACUAAGAAAAGGCAUUAUCACACUGCACUUCACCAAAGAUUGCCGAGAUCAAUUGGCAAGCAUUAAUUCAAGAGACUCUUUUCUCAUGGUUGAGACAACUGCAUACUUUGAAGCUUACCGUCACGUUUUGGAAGGCCUUAAAGAGAUUAAAAACAAUAAGUUACCCUUCCAGAAAUACAUUGUGGAAGGCCAGGCUCACAUUGCAGAACCCAAAUAUCUAACUUCAGGUCGUCAAGACUAUACACUUCAGCCUUUGAUGACAAACCAGUGUCUUCCAGUGCCAAAGCAGUCAAAAAUGCCCAAGUUUGCUGCCAACCAGCUGAACUUAAGCAAUAAUUUUGAUGUGUAUGACUUUGCAAAAUGGCCUUCUAAAGAGAAAUUAAAGUUUGAUGAAUCCCAAAUGCAAGCCAUGCAAUUGGCCCUAACCAAAGAGGUUGCUAUGAUCCAGGGCCCACCAGGAACAGGGAAGACUUACCUGGGACUGAAAGUUGCCAAGGUUCUUCUGGCAAAUGAGCAAGUUUGGCAAUCUGGUGCUGGUUCACCUAUAUUGGUGGUCUGCUAUACAAAUCAUGCAUUGGAUCAGUUUUUGGAAGGAAUCUUCAAAUUUAUGAACACUGGGCUGGUCAGAAUUGGAGGAAGGAGUAGCAGUAAAAUACUGUCUGCAUUUUCUAUGCAUAAGCUAAGAAAGGAGUUUAACUUCAGGAAAGAUCUGCCAAGAUAUUUGAAAGAAGCACAAACUGAGCUGAUCAACGAAAGAGAAUUGAUUCAACGUCAAAUUGAAGUAUUAGCUGCAUCGUUGGAUGCUAGUGAGAAAGGCGUACUUCAGUUGUACACGUUGUCUAAAUACAUUUCUACAAAGCACAUGCAUUAUCUUCGGGUGGGAACGGUGCCCUCUGAAGAUGAUUCCGUUGAUAAUUGCACCAUACUGGAGUGGUUAGGAAUAUCACCUACAUCCGGUGGCUAUUUCACAUUUGGAUCAACAACGCCAGAGGAAAAGACAGAAAGGGGCUCAGAUGACAUAGAGGCAGAGACUGGCAGUCAAAGUGAUCUGUUGGAUGAGGAAGAAGAUGCAGCUGAGUUAAAUCAGCUGGCCUCAGAAGGUGGUCCCUCUACUCAAUCUCACAAAGUGGAAAGGUCAGAUUUAACAUCUGCAUCCGAACAAUAUUGGAGUUCUGAAGAGGAUGAAGAGGAGACAGACUCAGAUGCUACAGAGUGGGAUACAGGAACUUCCAGUGAUCUGGCUGAAGAGGAAGAGACAUUACAAGAUGAUGACGAGCUAAUUCAGGUGACUGAGGAGGCUAAGCUUUUGGAGGCAGAUAGAAUGAUUGGAGAUGAAGACAUUCAGAAACAAGUGAAGCAUGCGACUGCCCGUGUGGCUAAAAUCCGGGAUAGUCUCCUGGCCUUUAAACCUGAAUCCCUUUCCAGAUCACAAGCUGAGAGUCACGGUGAUGGUAAAUGGGAGCAAACCAAGAAAACAAAGAAAAAAAUACAAAAAAUGAUAAAGAAACAGUUGAAGCUUCAAGACUAUAUGCCAGAAGAUGAAGCUGACUGUAUCAAUAAUGUUUGGGAACUUGCACUGCUUGAUCGCUGGAGACUCUACAGGUUGUGGUUGUCAAAGUACCAACUCGAAACCAGAUGUAAAAUAUUAGAAUCUGAACAGCUAUAUCAGAGGAUUGUUGACCGCCUUCUUGAGUUGAGAAACCAAGAGGAAGUGACCAUCCUUCGAAAGGCUAAAGUGGUGGGGAUGACCACAACAGGUGCAGCAAAAUACAGAACUGUCCUGCAGGAGAUCCAGCCAAAGAUUGUGAUUGUCGAAGAGGCAGCUGAAGUGCUGGAAGCUCACAUAAUCACUACUCUUAGCUCAGCCUGCGAGCACCUCAUUUUAAUUGGUGAUCAUCAGCAGCUUCGUCCGAGUGCAAAUGUGUAUGAACUUGCAAAAGAUUUCAACUUGGAUGUCUCCUUGUUUGAGCGGCUGAUUAGUAUGAAAACAGAAUUUGUCCGGCUUGAUUAUCAACAUCGAAUGCGCCCUGAAAUUGCAGGUCUGAUAACUCCACACAUCUAUGACAAGUUGGAAAAUUCAGCCUCUGUGAAUCUCUAUGAAAGGAUCAAGGGAGUCUCUACAAACCUCUACUUUAUUAACCAUCAGGAGCUGGAGAAUAUCACUAAGGAAGGAAAAAGCUACCACAAUCCACACGAAGCUCGUUUUGUGAAGUCCCUUUGUGAAUAUUUCAUCCAACAAGAAUACCAGCCAUCACAGAUAACUAUUCUUACCACCUACUCAGGACAGUUGCUACACUUGAGGGAGUUAAUGCCAAAAAAUCGAUUUGAUGGGGUUCGGGUCUGUGUGGUGGAUAAAUACCAAGGGGAAGAGAAUGACAUUGUGAUUCUGUCGCUCGUUCGAAGUAAUGUGAAGGGUGUGGUUGGCUUUCUGCGGAUUCCAAACCGCAUCUGCGUUGCUCUGUCUCGGGCUAAGAAAGGUUUCUAUUGCAUAGGCAACAUGACUAUGUUAUCCAACAGGGUCCCACUGUGGAGCAAUAUAGUAGAUUAUCUGUACAGAAAUGACAAAAUAGGUCCUGCCCUGAGGUUGUCCUGCCAAAACCAUCCAGAAACCUACACUUUGGUGUCCAAAUCUGAAGAGUUUAAACAGGUUCCUGAGGGAGGGUGCACCAAGGCUUGUGAUUUCCGACUGAGUUGCGGUCACGCAUGUGGUUCUCUUUGCCACCCUUUUGACCAGGAGCACAAGAAAUAUAAAUGUCUCAAACCCUGCCAGCGAAGCUGUAAGGAGGGCCACCAGUGUCGUGACAUCUGCUCUAACCCAUGUGGCAAGUGUAAUGUCAAGGUGACUAAAGUAGUCCCUCACUGUGGUCAUGAGCAACAGAUGCCCUGCUUCUGUCCACCAGAAGUGUUUGUCUGCCAGGAGCCUUGCACCAAAGCCAUUGAGUGUGGCCACUCGUGCAUGCGGCGCUGUGGGGAGAUCUGCACAAAGAAGUGCCCUGUAAAGGUCAGUGUCAUGUUGAGUUGUGGGCACAAGAACAAGGUGAUGUGCCACUUGUGGAUGGAGGCUGAGGCAGGCGGUGAACCCUUGUUGUGCCAGACACCAUGCGGCGGGCAGCUGGCGUGCGGCCAUUCCUGUCAGGCUACCUGUUCCGAGUGCGCCGGUGGGUGGCUUCACCCCCCCUGCAGCGCCCCCUGUCAGCGAAUGUUGGUCUGCUCUCACGUGUGCCAGAAACAGUGCACCCCCACAGACUGCCCUCCUUGUGGACGGCCGUGUGAGAACCGCUGCCCGCACGGCAAGUGUCCGAAUAAGUGCGGUGAGAUGUGUGUGCCCUGUACCAAGCCCUGCCAGUGGGCCUGUCCACACUCGCGCUGCACAAGGCUGUGCCAUGAGCCGUGUGACCGGGAGCCCUGCAACAGGCCUUGCCUGAAAGUGCUUAAGUGCAAACACGCUUGCAUCGGUCUGUGUGGAGAGCCAUGCCCCAGCAAGUGCCGUGUGUGCCAUGAGGCUGAGGUCACUGAGAUAUUCUUUGGGAAUGAAGAUGACCCUAAAAGCAGAUUUGUCCAACUGGAAGACUGCCAGCAUGUCUUUGCACUGCCUGGGUUUGAUGACCUGAUGCGACAGUCGGAACAUAACAAGUCCACACCGAGGCUCUUCAAUUGUCCUAAAUGCUCUACACCGAUUCGGCGGAAUAUGCAUUAUGGAAACAUCAUCAAGAGCACUUUGGCUAAAAUAGAAGAAGCCAAAGCAAAGAUUUUGAGAGAUAAAGAAGAUCUGAAUAGCUGGUGGAGCUCUCUUGAAAACUGUCUGGAAACGAAGGUGGAAUUGUCUAACUGUUAUCCAACAGAAUUCGAAAAUCUGUAGUUUCAACUGCAAGAGCCAAAUACGAACAGGUGGAAGUUGGAUGUCCUUGGAAAUCAGAUCAACCUCCUAUCCAAAGUUACUAAGUUGAAAUCCAAAGCAAAUGUGCUCCUAAAACAACAGUGAAUGAAAAUUGAGAAUGAAGCCAAGUUGCAGGCAAAAUGGAUCCUGAGAAGUAGAGUUCAGUUUACUGCUCAAGAGAUUUCAAAUAUCAAUAGGGAAAUUUCAAAGCUAACACACCUAAGUGACAUAUACUUAAUACAAAACUCCAUGCAAGAACAAGGAAGAGAGUUUGAUCAUGCAGCACAGUUAACUGUCGAUGACCUUCUACAAGUACUUGAAGGUAGAAAAGCAAAAUAUGAUGAGGGAUGAUUGCAAGAGAGUGUCAAUACAUUUAAAAACACAUCAUUACAAGAUAGACACUGCCUUAUUACUUGAAAUUUACUGCUGCAAAACUCAUGGGGCCACUGAUACAAUUGAUGUGCAGGUGCAUUAAAUGCAUUUGGACAUUGUUAGUUAAGUGUAUGAAAUGAAACAUUAGAUUAGACUUACAGUGUGGAAACAGGCCCUUCGGCCCAACAAGUCCACACCGACCCGCCGAAGCGCAACCCACCUAUACCCCUACAUUUACCCCUUACCUAACACUAUGGGCAAUUUAGCUUGGCCAAUUCACCUGACUUAGAAUUAGCAGUAAAAUAAAUUAGGAUUUUUGCAUAAGCAACUAGAAUAGCUUUAGA